UAUUUCCCAUGAUGAAGUGAUGCUGAAUGUAAAAAAUUGCUCAAUUUACCCACUCUCCCCUACUGUUUUAGUCAACACAAGCCUAUGUUUUAUAGGCAUAGGCCUACUAAUUAGACUUUCAAAACUGCAACUACUAACUAGCUAACUAUUAACUACUGCUAUCUAGCCUACUAGCAAAUUGUGGUCAGAGGCGCAAGAAACUAGGCAAAACCAAAAUCACCAUCAACAAUCAGGGAAAUUUUGAUCUUCUUGAACUGUAAAAAUAACCAAUUUCUCUAGCCUCUUCAAUUCAUAUCAAACCUGUUUGUCCAGUCAGUCAUGCCGCAGCACCUGUGGGAGGGACAGAUCUGUCCGGACACCCGCUCUAGGGACUGUCGCGGACUAUCGUUCGCUGUGGCACAAUAGUAUUCUUGUGUGGGAUCUGUGUUGAAUGACUUUGGGAGAGACGGAGACAAAUUCACGAAACAGCCUCUGUUCAACACAUAUUGUAAUCUGGAGAUCCUAAAGAUACCAGAUGAUGUCAAUCGAAGAGGCACUGAGUUUGAAGGAACGAAGUGAGGGCAUGGCAGCUCGUGUGGACGUGGCCUCUGGUGAGGUGGGCCAAGCAGGAGAUGCAGGUAUCAAGCCUGAGCUAGGCCCCAAACCCUGCCUGAUUCCCAAACCCUUUUCACUGCAGAGGAACACCACAUUCCGCUCCAUCCUAGCCCCAAAGACACUCACAAUGACUCCACAGCCAUCUCAGACCACGCCCACUACCUCCAGCAAACCAGAGCCUUGUCAGCCUAUUAGUGCCCCUGUGUCUGACUCAAGCAGCAUUGUGAAACUCGAUGCAGAGAGCACCACGAUACCUGAACUGACCAAUCCUCUCAAAGUUCCUUCAGCCAUAACACCCCAAACUGAAUCGACCCACAUUACUGAACAAAACCAAACUGCUCUUUCCAAAUCCCUUACUAUCCCAAAAUCGGAGCCACCAGCUAGUACCACAUCUGACCCAACUGGAACCUCAGAGGUAAAUCAAGUCAGUCUUUCUGAACUGGACGAACAUGGCCCCUCUGAUACAGGCCACUCCGCCACUGGAACUGAGCCUGUACCAUCAGUCACCUCAACUCCUCUUCAAACGCAGUCUGAAAACACUGUGAGUGAGCCCACCCCUGCGGUCGUCAGGCGCCACGCUGGGAAGGAUCAGGCAGCCCACUUGGGAGGAGGCAGGAAGCGGCUGUCCAUGGAGCUCACCUCCAGGUUUGAGUCUGCUGGCCUCUCACUCCCCUCACAGCCACCAGCUAACCAGGAACGGGAACAGGUGACCAUGAGAGAGACUGCAGUCCCCAAAGUGUCAGUCCUCGGGGCAAAAGAGGAAGAGAAGGUCACUGAUUCACCAGGGUCACCGUCUGAACCAGAGUGCAGACUCAAGCACUCAACACCACUGAAGGAAGAGAGAGAUGGAGAAGGGGUAAAGGAGGAAGGAGAAAAGAAAGGGAACAGCAUACAACGGAGGAUCAGUCUGCUGCUGGACUCCUCCUCGAGACUAGAGGCUCUGACCAAUAGGGAGGAAGUACCUCGUCCAAUGAAACAAGCAGUUAGUUCUGGUGGUGUGAAACAGCGGAUCAAAGACUGGGCAGCAGACACACCUCCUGUUCAGGCAUCCAAUCAGAGGGUGGAUGUUGCCCCUCAACCAUUCCCUGUCAGAGUUCACCCUGUGUUGAGUGUCACUGGGGGGUCGUUGGCGACGAGCAAAAGCGUUCAGCUAGCUCCUCGAGAGGACAAGGCUUCCACCCUACUUCACGCUGGACAUUCUGGGAUAGAAGAUGAGGAGGAGGAGGAGGAGGAAGACAAGGAGGAGGAAGAGGUGGAGGGAGUGAAGGAUGAGGAUGUGGUACCACUCUACAAAACAGUAGGUAUACGUCUUGGACAGGAAGAUGGGGGGGAAAAACAGGAGCUAGUGGUUGAUCAAAUAUGGAAAGAGAUGGAGGCUAAGGUAAAAGAGGAGGAAAAACUUGCAGAAGUGGAUAAAUUAAAACAGCUGGAACUAGAAGAGAGACAGGCAGAAGAUGAGAGGGAGAGAGAAAGACAAAAGGUAGUGGAAAGGGAGAGACAGAGAGAGGAGGAAGAGAGAAAGAGGGAAGAAGAAGAGGAGAGAAAAAGACAAAGAGAAAUGGAGAGGGAAAUGAAGAGACAGAGACAGAGAGAGGAGGAAAGGGAUAGGGAGAGACAGAGAGAUAAAGAAGAGAGAGAGAGAAAGAGGAAAGAAGAAAAGGAGAGAGAAAGACAGAUAGAACUUGAGAAGGAAAGGGAGCGACAGAGAGAGGAGGAGAGGGAUAGGGAGAGACAGAGAGAUGAAGAAGAGAGAGAGAGAAAUAGGAAAGAAGAGGAGAGAGAAAGACUGAUAGAAUUUGAGAAGGAAAGGGAGAGACAGAGAGAUGAAGAAGAGAGAGAGAGAAAGAGGAAAGAAGAGGAGAGAGAAAGACUGAUAGAAUUUGAGAAGGAAAGGGAGAGACAGAGAGAGGAGGAUGAGAGAGAGAGAAAGAGGAAAGAAGAGAAGGAGAGAGAAAGACUGAUAGAACUUGAGAAGGAAAGGGAGAGACAGAGAGAGGAGGACGAGAGAGAGAGAAAGAGGAAAGAAGAGAAGGAGAGAGAAGGACAGAUAGAACUUGGGAAGGAAAGGGAGAGACAGAGAGAGGAGGAUGAGAGAGAGAGAAAGAGGAAAGAAGAGAAGGAGAGAGAAAGACUGAUAGAACUUGAGAAGGAAAGGGAGAGACAGAGAGAGGAGGACGAGAGAGAGAGAAAGAGGAAAGAAGAGAAGGAGAGAGAAAGACAGAUAGAACUUGGGAAGGAAAGGGAGCAACAGAGAGAGGAUGAUGAGAGAGAGAGAAAGAGGAAAGAAGAGAAGGAGAGAGAAAGACUGAUAGAACUUGAGAAGGAAAGGGAGAGACAGAGAGAGGAGGACGAGAGAGAGAGAAAGAGGAAAGAAGAGAAGGAGAGAGAAAGACAGAUAGAACUUGGGAAGGAAAGGGAGCAACAGAGAGAGGAGGAAGAGAGAAAGAGGAAAGAAGAGAAGGAGAGAGAAAGACUGAUAGAACUUGAGAAGGAAAGGGAGAGACAGAGAGAGGAGGAAGAGAGAAAGAGGAAAGAAGAGAAGGGAGAAAGACAGAGAGAAGUGGAAAGGGAGCAACAGAGAGAGGAGGAAGAGAGAAAGAGAAAGAGGAAAGAAGAGGAGAGAGAAAGACUGAUAGAAUUUGAGAAGGAAAGGGAGAGACAGAGAGAGGAGGAAGAGAGAAAGAGGAAAGAAGAGAAGGGAGAAAGACAGAGAGAAGUGGAAAGGGAAAAGGAGAGACAGGUAGAGGAAGGAGAGAGGGAGAAGCUUAGGAUGAAAGAGGAGAGAUUGAGAGAGAAGGAAAGGGAGAAACUCAAAGAAAAAGAGCGAGAAAUGGAAAUACAGAGAGCGGAGGAAAGGAUGCAGGAAGAUGAGAUAAAGAGAGAAGAAGAUCGGAAGAAAGAAGAAGCAGUGUCCCCAAUCCAAUUCAUCACUCUUAAACCUGACCAACCUCCCAAGCCAGAGCCUCCUCCCUCAACUACCGUCCCCAUCACAGAACCAAUACCAAAAGAAGAGAAGCAGCCUCACAUCGAGGUGGUCUACGACGACUUCUCUGUCAAAGAGGAGAAGCCUCUUAUCAAGAUGGUCUAUGAUGAUUUUUCCGUCAAGCCCCGGCGGUGGGGGUCUCAGGCCAGGUUCCUUGCUGACCGUGCCCAGGUCAAGUCACCCUCCCCUGGAACAGAGGAGCCUGAGUCACUGGGCUCCUCAGAAUCCGACCUCCAGAGAACCGUUGUUGACACCCAGGAGCCAGCCCAAGAGAGUCCAGUCAGCGUCAAACCUCACCCAGCUGAGAGGGAUCUAGAGGGGGGAGUCCCCACCCCAAAGGAUGGGACAGAGAAUAAGAAGGAGAAGAAAAAGAAGGAGGAAGAGAAGUAUAAGGAGGAGGGCACCAGCAUGGACAUGGAGGAGGUUCAGUUGACGUGUUAUGUGGGGGCAGGAGAGGGACGUGACACAGAGUCUCUGAUUGGUGGAGAGCCAGACAAGCAGUACGGGGGCUGUGACACGAGACUGUCUGAGGAUGACUGUCGGCAGACAACAGAGGACCAGAUCUCGCCUGUCAUCACACCAGAUGAGCCUGACAGUACAUAUCCACUAGAAGAGACAGAGGACCAGAUCUCGCCUGUCAUCACACCAGAUGAGCCUGACAGUACAUAUCCACUAGAAGAGACAGAGGACCAGAUCUCGCCUGUCAUCACACCAGAUGAGCCUGACAGUACAUAUCCACUAGAAGAGACAGAGGACCAGAUCUCGCCUGUCAUCACACCAGAUGAGCCUGACAGUACGUCUCCACUAGAAGAAACAGAGGACCCAUUACCCUUUCCUGAUAUCUCCGCCCCUCUAUUGGACACCAGUGUUCUGCGUGCGAGGGCAGAGCUGAGGAAGAGUCGACGAACCCGCCCCACUCGAGCUUUCCGUCAGAGCUCUACCACAAUAAUGCUUGAGGAAGACCCGGACCACGACUGGAGGUUCUAUGACUCCUCAGAUAAGCUAGACUCUCUGAUACGGGGGGAUUGUACGUCUGGUGAGGAGCAGCCCAGAGGGAGGGAGGUUUGUUCACAACCUUCCCAGCCCCAGAGAAUAGCCCUCUUCUCUGGAAUGGACCCGUCUGCCCUCAAGGCCCAACUGAAGAAGCGAGGAGGUGGUGAUGGAGGAGGAGGUGGUGGAGCCGGUGGAGGUGAAGGAGUAGACACAGACCGUCAGACAGACAGACUUUCCCCUUCCCCCUCUCAGCUCUCCCGCUCUCCAAGACGUUCCUCCUUCCUCCCCGGGAUGUCACGAGUGCUUCCCCCUGUAGGGAACAAAGGUGCAGGGGGGGACAAGUCUCCUUCAUGGCUGCGGGAACUCAAGUCUAAGAAGCGCUCGAGUCAAUACAACAGUGAGGCCUAACUGAGCAGAGCAGGGAGAUACCAUUGACAAGGAGAUCAUUCAACUGCUACUGCAGUUGUUGCUGACAAACACAGCUGUGGGCUGGACUCCAAUCAUGUACCUUUUCAAAAACACACUUUUUUAAUGAAUUAACUAUGCAAGACAAUGGAGAAGCAUUGGAUACUUCCCUGCGUUGUGACCAUCUUUUUCCACUUUCCUAUUUGACAAAGGAACUAUGAGCAUGUAGAUACUUUAUUUGCAACACACACACACACACACACACACACACACACACACACACACA